AUGGCUUCCGAGCAGAUGUUCGACAUGGUGUGCUUAGGGGGAGGCGUGUCCGCAGGGUACUGGGCGGAAGAGGUGGUUUCGCUCCUCAAGUCGGGGGCGGAGCAACCGGGCUUCAAUCGGCCGAAGCUGUGCGUCGUGACCGGGUACCCCGAUGGCCUUGUCCCGUACGAGCGGUCGGAGAUGUCCAAGGAGUGCCUCCGGCCCGAGAACAAUCAUUCCAGAGACUGGCAGGCGUGGGGAAACAAGGUCUUCCCUUUCACCAGCACGGGGAACGACCGAGAGCGAAGGAACGCUCGGUGGUACCGGGACAACGGGGUUACGGUCCUGUCGUCUUGCGAGUGCUACGAGGUGGACGUGGCGAACGCGACGCUCCGACUGUACCAGCCUAAGCGCUUGCAGGGGGACCAAGACAGCGCGUGCUUCUGCGUGAGACAUUCAGACCUACGGGGCCCAAAGCUCGACAAGCCGGAGGCGUACGGGCUGGGCAGCGCCCACUACCUUAGGGACGUCGGCGACUGCAUCAAGCUCGUGAAGGCGCUGAGCACGGUGCCCUCGGGGGGGGGCGCGGGGGGGGGGACGGGGGACGCGAACACGGUUGCGCUGGUGGGGGGUGGGGUGUUGUGUAUGGAGGUGGCCGCGGCGAUCGUGACUCAUUACCCGGGGGUACGACCGAUCCUGCUCAUGUCCGGGUCGCGUCUUAUGCCGGACUUCUUCAAUCAGGAGAUGUCUGAUUUCUACGAGGAGAAGCUGAAGCAAGCCGGCGUUCGUCUCGAGAAGAACGUCACCGCGGAGCGGCUAUGGGGGUUGGAGGAGCAGGGGGAGUUCGAUACCCUGGGAGGCCGCAGGGUGCACUUCGGCCCCGCGCCCCGGGGGUUCACGGAGUGCCGAGGAGUCGUCCUGCGCAAUACCGAAGAUUGCUUGAUCCAUGUCCCUGCCCGCUCUGUCAUCAUCGGCAUCGGCGCGGUGCCUAACUCGGAGUUAUUUCGGGGGAAGCUCGAGAUGUCCGAGGACGGAGGCGUUCUGGUUGACGCCCAGUGCCGUACGGCGGUACAGCCCCCUUCCGAAGACGGGGGCGGCGGCGGCAUUGAUGUCGGUAGCGCUGCUCCCCCCCGGCCUAUCUACGCGGCCGGGGACGUGGCGGCGUUUCCGCUGGCGCUGGAGGGCUUCGCUCCUGUGAGACACGAGCACAUCCAGAACGCCAGGGACAUGGCUAUCUGUGCCGCGAGAAAUAUGGUCGGAAGUUCCGCGUGGGGAAGCCUGGUUUCGAGCGCUGGGGAAGCGGGGUUCCAGAAGGACUACUACGGCGGCGGGGAGCUUCCCAUGUAUCAGCCCGUUCCGGGCUUUUCGUCCCGGUUCCUGGGUCUCAGCUGGAGAUUCUACGGCGUGGCGGAGGGGGAGGUGGUGGUCCUCGGGGCGGCGGAAUUCCGAACGACACGGACGUUCGGGGCUUUCUGGGUCCGGAAGGAGAGAGUGGUGGGCGCUUUCCUGGAGGGGGGAACCAUCGAGCAACAGAUAGCUGUGGCACAGGUGACCCGUCUUCGACCCAAGGUGUUUUCCUCACAACUCCUCAAAGGCUCCCAGCUCGGCGAUUUCCUGGAGGACCCCGGCAGCAUCGAGGCAUCCGACGAGACGGAUCUGUCGCAGCUCCUUAUGUGCUGCCGCUGCGUUUAGUCUCGCCGGAGGAGGGGGCGUGCUUCCCCUUUUCACCAGGAGGGAGUGCCAUGCUCGAGUUCGCCUGCUGCUUUGUCUGAACCUUGGCGAGAGCCAGAUGUGUUUUUCCUGGAAGAGAGUUCACCCUGGGACAGCAGAAUAAAAAGUUAGUCGAGAUCCUUUACGUGUGGUUCUGGGUAGCAUGUUCAACCGCUAAAUAUUGAGUCCGAUGUACGUUGUAGAGCCAUCAACAUUGCUUAUCGUUGUGUUGAAGGCUUCUCCGAUCGUAGAACAAUGUUGUCGAUGUGGACGUGUAUGUUUGCUUGCUUCUGGUCGCCGUCGAAUCGUCGCAUCCAUUCCUUUGUUGUCGUCUGGGCAGUACUGUAUAGCGUAGGACGUAUGUAAGGGUCCAAGUGAAAUCUGUAAUUGUGCUUUGCUUUAUAAUUUAGGAUCGUCGAUGCACCGGCGGUGGAGAUGCACCUAAUCCAACAGUGUAAACAGGGGCCCCAUGGAGGGCAACAUAAUAGUACAUGAAACGCUCCGAGACCGGGCAGUCCUGGAAGUUCUCCACGAGGCAUGACUUUGUUAGCAUGGCUCAUACGUCGGAGACUUGAAAUAUAACAGAACGAUCGAGCCAGAGUGCGCCCUAGCUACGAAAUGCACUCGCUGUUGUGACCAAUCAUUGCGUAGAUGGACUUGAUUCUCUCGCCGGUUAUGUAGUGAAAAUCGUCCACGUGGAUACGGUAGAGAAACAAGGGCAGAUCUUCCCAAUUUCCUCCACGAAUCCGAGCGGGCGUUUGUGGGUGCCAAACCAGGUUAGAUGUGUCAAUGAAAGCAUGCUACAGGAUUUCCGCUAGUCUUUUUGAUCGGUCCGCCGUGCGUGAAUCGAAGAUCCCGAACGCCAGUUCACACCUCACGGGUGUAACAUUCAUUCGGGUCCGUUUAUGAGUUAAAUCAAGUCGAUUUCAAGUGGAAUCAAUUUGACUUCGUUGUGUUUUAGUGGGUGUCGUGCCGUGUAUUCUGGUGCCAGUCUACGCCUUUUGGUAUUUGUAGGUAGCUGACAGGAGGAAAUGUACACUUUCUAAG